UAAUUUAAUAUAUUAAUUACUUGUUGAGGCCAAUGUUGAUAGUGAGAUAGCAGCACCAUGGACUCUGAUAUGGAAGACAAGCAGCUCUCUCUGACAUGGAACAACCACAGCAGCACAUACAAGACCAUGUUCAACAUGCUGCGACACAAGAACCUCCUCACGGACAUCACCCUGGCAUGUGAUGGACAGCAGUUCCUGGCACACAAGCUGGUACUGGCUACAUGCAGCCACUACUUCCAGACAAUGUUGUGUGCAGUGCCUGAUGGCGGGCACCCUAUAGUGUACCUGCGGGAUGUGCCAGCCUCAGAGAUAAAAGCCAUUCUUGAGUUCAUGUACACAGGGGAAGCCUGCGUGCCACAAAGUCAAGUGGGCUCGCUGCUCAAGACGGCCGAGUGCCUUAAAAUUAAAGGACUUGGAGUUCAGCCACAUGAAGAACUUUCCAGUGCCAGUGAGGACCUAGAUGAUGAUCUGGAUGCAGAUGGUAAUGUUGUAGACAGUAGAUGUAGGGUGGAGUCAUUUAGAAAGUUUGAAAUCAGUACUAAAUCGGAAAAAUUAUUUACUCAUUCCAAGUCUUUAUUGACACCUGCUGUCAAGAGGAAUUUCUCCCCGGAAAAGAAAUAUCUUAGCACGAAUUCUGCCACAGACAUCUUGGUGUCAUCACCUAAAAAAAUGAAAACCUCAGCCAGUUCUAGUGCUCAUUCAACUGAUGAAUAUGGCUCCCAAGUUGUGUUGUCUCCUAACACAACUACUGACGCCACUACCUCGUCACGGACCGAUAGUGUUGAUAACAAAUUUUUCAUACCCUUUCAAAGUAUGAAAGCUGAACCCCAUUCCCCUGUAGACGUAGAGACCGUUGGUGACAACGAAAAUGUGUUAGAGUUGACAAAAAUAAGUGAGGCCCAGGCUCUGAAGGACUGCCAGUCAGGCAGGGCGCCUCUUUCAAGAAGCACCAAGGACGCUCUUGCUGAAAUCUUUGACUUGGAAGACAAAUACAGAACUGAUCGCAGUUUACCAUCAGCAACUAACCAAACUAGUCUACACAGUUUUUCUAGUAACAGUCUGUGCGGGAGACAAAUAGUAAAAAACCAGCCCAUCACAUCCAUGAUGCGGUCCAGUGACACCAGUAGAAAUGGAUUGCCUUCUUUGGAGGAACAGACUUCCACAAGCCAUGAAGGGUCUGAAUCGUUUUGUGGCAAGAGCUUAGUUGAAAAUGGGCGAGUAGCCAAAGGUGAGGCAAAAGAGACGAAGGAGGAGGAAGAAGCUCUGGCUUGUAACCCUUCGAGUUUUGAAGAAGAGGCGCAGUUCUACCUUGAAGCUUUCACUCGCAGCGCCGGGCUAUCGUUGGCUGCAUCAUCACCCCUGGGCGAGGACGCCCUGCCGGGGCUGGAGUGUGCGGCAAACUCUCAGGAAGCCACCGCUGCUCGUGGAAGUUUCGGUGCGUCGGCGAAGGCGGCGGAGCUUGAGGACCUCGAGAACCGGCCGUACACGUGUCCCAUCUGCCGCAAGAGCUUCGGCAAAGCCGCCAUCUUGAAGCGCCACCACCUCGCCCACUUCCGCCCCUACAGCUGUAACGUCUGCCAGCGCUCUUUCACCCGCAGGGAGGUGUUGGCGGAGCAUCUGCAGGAACACAACGGAGCGGACAUGAGACUGCCGUGCCCUGUCUGUGCCAUGACCAUCAAAAGAAAAAGGAACCUGCAGGCACACAUCAAAGUCAAGCACCCGGAGUAUUACCGCCACAAGAUAGAGAACAAACUGACGCUCUUCUGAGACACGGCCACGGACGCCUCUGUUCCCUUUUGAUACCUCACGCAUGUUCCUUGCUAAACGAUGUCCGAAUGACUAAAUGUUGGUUGAAUUUGCAGGAAUAAUCUAGAACGUAUAAUCUGUACGAGUGGCUAAGUAGUGAACUAGGUAAUUUUCUGCCAGUUGCAUUAUCUUUAUUUUAUGCACCUCUUUUAACAGACGUGUUUUGUAUUCGUUUUAGGAUGUUUCGUUGUGGUAGUCCGAAGUUCUCAUCAUUAUUCAACUUCGGGAGUUCAUUAGAGCAGUGUGGAGUGUACUAUAUUUUAUAAACGCUAGGUAAGCUUUCUGCCAUUGUUCAGUACGGGUCUAAAAACUUCCCGCGACUCGAGCAGACACAGAAAAUCCGUCGGUUUAUGGCACGCGCGGUCUAUUUUGUCUGGUCUUUGAUAUAAGUUCUUACUAGUGAUGGUAAAUAUUUUGAUGCCGAUACUUUCCUGCAAGUGAGCACACGAAAAAGAGGAAUAUAAUUGAGAAUACCUACUACAAUUUUACGACUUCUUGGGCUCCUCGCAACACAAGUAGCACACUUACAUUAAUCCCUGAAACUGCCGCACGGGCGCUGGAAAUUCUAAUCCAAAGAUUUCAUGUCUUUUCUAUCGCUUCAUCGGAUCAUUUUAUAUCAAUUGUUACUAUAUGCACUACAGAAUAAUGGCUGUCCAGAGUUUGCUAAUUUCUAUUUAUUCCAUGACCUUCUGUGGGCUGUACGAAUUAACGAACUUUCUGCGCGGCCCAUGCUUCCGUCCAAGUUUUAUCAAGACAUGCUGUAUAAUAAGUGUAUUGCAACCAUGAACAUUUUGUUGUCAUGUGUUUCUCAUGAACGAAUAUGUCUAGUUUUUAGUGCUGCUUUUAUUGACGUACAGUUUUUCAAUCUUCAUAAUGCAAUGUCGCGCUUCACGCUGACCGGGUUUCUACACUCAAAAAUAUUCUCCACAAUUGUUCGGUACAUGUGGCAAUUUUGAUGCAGCUUGAGGUAGUACUAUUCAGGCCAGUGCCUGUCUUUUCCGUAAAUAUUAUUACGGAAUUAAAUGUCUGGGCAUUCCACAAAGUUUUGCUUUGGUGUUACUAGAAACUAGUGAUGAUCGCCCGCCUAGCAACGAGGUGAUGAACAACUUUCAGGCCGCUUUGCCUAGUAGGGCCUGAGGUGGUGGUUGCCAACGUUUCCAUGGCAUUGUGUACCACAAAGAAGUGAAUCAUUUUUAUUAUUAAUAUUAUUACUUAUACUAUAUCGCUUAUAAGUUUUGAGAAAUUGUAACGCCGGAUACCUUAAAUACAAAGUGCAUUUGUAAGUGUAGUUUUUAAAUUGAUAUAAAGCAAACUAGACGCUUUUGAUGCGGUUUAAUUCUGGUACAUUUUUGACGCGGUUUAUUUAAUUCGGUACAUAUCGCCGAACUUAGUCCAACGUCAGGUAAUCCUGUAACUGUACAAAUCAAUAACUUAUGUUUUCAGUAUUUAAUAUAUAAACACAUUUAGCUGGAAAUACCGAAAAUUUUCUUGUUCUUUUGUGUUCCAAGAAUGUUCCACCUUAAUUGGACUGCCUUCGCCAGCUUAGCAUAGCAUUCUUACGUAGCAAUGAUAAUUUGUAUAGUUAAGUAUCUAAUUUCUGCCUCAACAUUCAUAUUUAGAAUUCGAGCUUAUCAUUCCUAACCUAGAGGGCAUUUGUGGUUGUGUGGGCAUUUACGGGUCAGCUGCAUCAGUCAGCAGUUCGCGCGCUAGUUCCAACCUGGACAUUGAAGUUAAAGUUGCAAAAUACAAGUUUGUUUCUGACUCGGUAUGAAGUUAAUACGUUAAUUAUGAGUUUAGUUCGUUGAUUACGAGUUUGUUUCUGACGAUGUAUGAAUUUUAUAGACUGAACAUAAAUUUGUUUCUCACGGUGUUCGGAUUUUAAUUAGUUGAUUACAGUUUUGUUACUGAC